AUGCUAUAUCCUCUUUUCAUCUUAAAAGGUUGCUUGACUGCUGUUACCGAUAUUGCCAGGUCCGUUAAACCCUACAUCAAAGAACUUUCUCGCCAGGAGAAUUUUUGCAAUGUCCAUGUCAAUGUCUUUGACCCGUGUGAAAUUGAAUAUUUGCGACGGUAUUGUCUGAAAAAACAUUGUAUUAAUACAUUGACACGUGCAGAUGACAAAAUAAGCUUGUUAGCUAAUCCAGAAACACAUACUGGAUACCGAUACGGGGCUUCUGAUAUAUGGAAGCAUAUAUAUGCCAUAAGCGAUGACUUGUUCUACAGGAAAAUCGUAAAUGGUCUGAAAUUCUCCAUAUUUGUCCAUAUUUGCCGUUACUAUGUGAAGAUAGACGAAAAAUACUUUGUAAACACCAGUUUUUUUUUCAAGCAUUUUCGGAAAGCGGAUUAUGAAGACUUUCUUUGGCUCUUGAGAUUGAUUUAUUCUGCUUUUGCAAAACUUGAUCUGAGUAAACUAAAACUGGAAGAAAAGGAAAGGCAACUUGUGACACAAAUGAAAAAUAUUUUGAACAUUAAUGACAAGCAAGUACUUAAUACACGACUCAUAAAUAAUAUUCAUGUAUGCUUAGAUGUAGUUAAUUGUGUAUCAUGUGACAAAUGUAAGUUAUGGGGAAAAAUUCAGUUUGCCGGUUUGAUAACAGCUAUAAAAAUACAUAACAAUACAUUUGAUAACAAAUUUGACGAGUUUGUUUUUUUGGUAAAUCUUAUGACCAGGUUAACAGUCACUGCAAAUGCAACAAGUAGAUUUUUUGAUCAUAGGAAGCGAUAA